AUGGCUGACAGAGGGAGGCUUCUACAGCGAAAGCCAGAUCUUGACUUCUAUCUACAUCGCGUGUUCCGCAAGAAAUAUUUCCGUCCACUUCAACGAGAGGUCAUCACCGCGGUUGUUGAGGGCCAUGAUGUAUUUCUUCAGGCAUCCACCUCAUUUGGCAAAAGCCUGUGUUUUCAACUGCCAGCCGUCAUCGGCACCGGACUAACUAUUGUGAUUUGUCCACUUCUUGCAUUAAUGAUGGACCAAGUCAACGCUCUCCGGGCUAUUGGCGUGCCAGUCCAGACCAUCAACUCCAGCACACCUUUAGCGGAGAGGCACUUGAUCAUGGGUGACAUGCUCUCGGGACAUCCACGCACGCGUCUUUUAUAUGUGACUCCGGAACUAUGUCAAACAGACAGCUUCCGCCGCAACCUCUCAACUGUCCACAGGCAAGGGCAACUUAACCGCAUUGCCAUCGAUGAAGCCCAUUGUAUCAGCGAAUGGGGUCAUGACUUCCGCCCAGCCUACCAAGAAUUGAGCUGGUUCCGGAAAAACCUGAACGACCCGCCUGUCCCCAUUACAGCCCUUACGGCUACUGCUACCCCCCGAGUCCGCUCAGACAUUCUCACCAUCCUAGGCUUAAAUUUCACCAAACUCAAGCUUUUCAAUACCCCCUCCGCUCGUCCUAAUAUCCACUACGAAGUACGAUAUCUUGGAGGGGAUGACGAUCACGACAACGCUAUAUCUCCGGAAGACUUACAGGUGAACGAUCUAUUGGCUUGGCUCAAAGCCAUUAAAUGCCGACGAGAAGCUCGCAUCGGCGCAGACGCAGCGGCACUACUUCCACCCACGUCUGGUAUCAUCUACGUUGGUCUCCGUGCAACAUCAGAAAAUCUAGCCAGCAAAUUGGACUGUGACGAAACCAUCUCCGCGGUGGCCUACCACGCCGGGCUCACUUCGCAAGACCGGACCCGCAUCCAAGCAAUGUGGACAUCACCGCAACCGCAUCCACAAGAGAGCAAUGGUAAACCCCCGCCUGCCUUCUCUAUCAUUGUGGCAACCAACGCCUUUGGAAUGGGUAUCGAUAAUCCCCAUGUUCGUUUCGUAGUACACUGGACUCCGCCACGCAGCUUUGAAGGGUUCGUGCAGGAAUCAGGCCGAGCAGGUCGCGACAGCCGCGCAGCAGCUUCACUCGUUUACUACAAUAUCCAAGAGCGAGACCGCAUCUACGAGCGCAUGAGCCGCGACGCAGAAAAUGUGCGCAAUCGUGGUGGCUCCAAGCCUUAUAUUGCCGGUCUACUUAAGAACCAGGUGGCGCGGCUUGAGAGCUUCCAGAAGGUCAUCCGUUACUGCGAGACAGCUACAAAGUGUCGGCAUGACCUGAUCAAGGAUCUCUUUGGUGACUUCGAGUUAAAAGAGAUGGGCUCCCAACAGCCGCCGUCUGCACAUGGUGGCGCAAAGGCUGACCGGCUGAUGUCGUCUGCGUCUCCGUGUGAUUUUGCUUGCGAUUUUUGCAAAGAGGGUCGUUCUGGAUUGGCAAAGCGCAAGGGCACGGUGGCUCCUGAUGCUCUUCAUGAGUUCAUGAGGGAUCACAUGAAUCAGCUGUAUGAAGGUUAUGCUUAA